ACUGCGCGAACCCGGUACAGUGAGAAGACGUGCAUGUGACGUCAUCAAAUGCGCCAGAAACGAAAUCCUGCACGCGCUUCGCUUGGCUCGUUUGUGAGCCGUAAAACAGGAGACUCUGAACGUGGCGACAGACUCUUGCUCUGUAGUGAGCUGACUGUAAAAAGUAUCGCAUAACCCAGAGGCAGAAGCAAGAAAGAAGCAGCUGCCAUUAACUAUAACAUCAAGAUGGAUGUCAAAGAAGAAACAUGUGAAACUGAUGUAAAUACUAUGGAGAUAAUGACAGUGAGUAUUAAGGGAGAGGACUGUGAAUGGGAGUGUGUCUACCCCAAACAGGAGAGUCUGUGCAUUAAGGAUGAGGAUUAUGAACAGGUAACUGUGAACAUUAAAGACGAGGUUGAGGGGACGUCUGUCAAUAACGAGGAGCACAAAUGGAAAAUUAUGAAGCGCAAUGACAUCACGGUGAAGUCUGAAUCGUUACAGUCUGACACAAAGAGGAUUGAGGACAUUUCAUCUUUUAGAACUCUGGACGGUCAGUCAUCAUUAUCAACUUGGUCUGGAAAAACUGUAGAAGACAAUGGCGGCUUCUUCUUAUUUCCAUUGCCUCAGACCUCUCUUCAAUGCAGAUCACAGCAGACAACAAAUGAUGAAAGUAUAAAGAAAUUGACAUCUGGACCAGAGAGUGUGAUACCAGCCUCAUUGAGCAGUGGUACUCUGCCAGGGAUGAAACUAACAACGGCAGGUGUGAUCACCAGACAGAUACAAAUACAUGAUGUAGACGCAGCCGCUGUCCACCAGGAGCAGAGGAAAAGGUGUAAUCUUAGUGAAACACAACAGAAGCUGUAUCAGUGUUCUGAAUGUGGCAAAGGAUUCCCAAAAUUGAGAAGUCUUCAGAAGCACAGAAAAAUUCACUCUGGAGAGAAGCCAUAUUGUUGUUCUGAGUGUGGCAAGCGAUUUACACAUGUCAGCAAUCUUCAUAAACAUAAAAAAAUUCACACUGGAGAGAAGCCAUAUUGUUGUUCUGAAUGUGGUAAGCGAUUCACACAAGUGAGCAGUCUUCAGAGACACAGCAGAAUUCACACGGGAGAGAAACCAUAUCAUUGUUCAGAAUGUGGUAAAGGAUUUACCUGCACACGCAGCCUUCAGGACCACAUAAGAACUCAUACUGGAGAGAAGCCAUACUGCUGUUCUGAAUGCGACAAACGAUUUCCCAGUGUCAAGAACCUCCGAGUCCACAGAAUAAUUCACACUGGAAUGAAGCCAUAUUGUUCUGAAUGUGGCAAACAGUUCACCACCAACGGUAGCCUUCAAGUCCACAGAAGAAUUCACACUGGAGAGAAGACCUAUUGUUGUUCUGAAUGUGGCAAGCGAUUCACACAACUUAGUAGCCUUCAGAGGCAUAGAAGAAUUCACACAGGAGAGAAGCCCUAUUGCUGUUCAGAAUGUGGUAAAGGAUUUACCAGCACUAGCAGUCUUCAGGACCACACAAGAGUUCACACUGGAGAGAAGCCGUAUUGUUGUUCUGAGUGUGGCAAACGAUUUUCACAAAAGAGUGCGCUUCAGACUCACAGAAGAAUUCACACUGGGGAGAAGCCAUACUGCUGUUUUGAAUGUGGAAAACAAUUCAUUACAAACAGCAGCCUACUGAAGCACAGAAGAAGUCAUACAGGAGACAAACCUCAUUGCUGUUCUGAAUGUGGUAAACGAUUCUCAAGAAUUGCUCAUCUUCAAAGUCACACCAGCAUUCACACUGGAGAGAAGCCGUACUGCUGCUCUGAAUGUGGCAAAAGAUUCUCACAAACCUCUCAUCUUCAGAGACAUAAAAGAAUUCACAUGGGAGAGAAGCCAUAUUGUUGUUUUGAAUGUGGCAAACGAUUCUCAGAAAUCUCCCAUCUUCAAACCCAUACGAGAAUUCACACUGGAGAGAAGCCAUAUCGGUGUUUGGAAUGUGGCAAACAUUUCUCACGAAUUGAUCAUCUUCAAAGACACACAACAAUUCACACUGGAGAGAAGCCAUAUGGCUGUUCAGAAUGUGGCAGAAAAUUCUCGCAAAUUGUCAAUCUUCAGAGCCACACAAGGACUCACACUGGAGAGCAGCUGUAUUGCUGUUCUGAAUGUGGCAAAGAAUUUUCACAAAUCUCCCAUCUUCAGAGUCACACAAGAAUUCACACUGGGGAAAAGCCAUAUUUAUGUAAUACAUGUGGCAGACAGUUCAAACAUAUGAUCAGCCUUCAGACCCACAUACAAGUUCACGCUGCAAAGAAGCCAUACUGCUGCUCUGGAUGUGAUAAGGAAUUUUUUAACAGGCGUAGUCUUGAAACUCACUCAAGAAUUCAUGUAGGAGCAAAGCCAUAUUCUUGUUCAGAAUGUGGAAAACACUUCUCUACAAACGACUAUCUUCAGAGACACAAAAGAAAUCACACUGGGGAGAAUCCAUAUUCUUGUUCCGAAUGUGGAAAACAAUUCUCAAGCAUCAGCUAUCUUCAAAUCCACAAAAGACGACAUACUGGGGAGAAGCCUUAUACUUGCUCUGAAUGUGGAAAACAAUUCUAUGACAACAGCCAUCUUCAGAGCCACCAAAGAAUUCACACUGGAGAGAAGCCACAUUGUUGUUCAGAAUGUGGCAAACGAUUCUCGCGAAAAGCCAGUCUUAGGACCCACAUAAGAAUUCACACUGGAGAGAAGCCAUAUUCCUGUUCUGAAUGUGGAAAACAAUUUUCUGAUAGCAGCCAUUUUCACAAACACAUCAAAAAUUCACACUGAAGGGAAGCCUAGUGCUGUUUGGAAUGUGGCAAACGAUUCUCAGAAAUGAGCAGUUGUCAGGCCCGUACAAGAAGUCACACUAGAGAGAAUCUGCAUUGCUAUACAAAAGGUGUCCGACUAUUUGCAUAGUUAUGUUGUCUUCCCAGCAAACAGUUUGACAUUUGCCCAGUGUAGGGCAGCCAGCAGUGGCCCAAUUGGGAUUUGUACAUCAGGGCAACUUUGGCUCGGCGUAAGUAAACAGAUUGAAAUGCCAACUUUGGUCAAGAAUAAAAAAAUGCCAAUA